AUGCAGUUAUUUCUUCUUGCUCUCUUCAUAGGCUCUUCUGUGGGAUUCCUCUUUCAACCAACAGGCUAUGUAGCUAGAUUUAGAGAUGUUGUAUUUGAAUACCAUAAAUCACAUUCAUUGUUACUGAUAAAAAACAACCAAUUAAAAGAUUGCUAUUUAGUUAGAGUUGAUUCAUUAUUAGAGAAAUUAUUUUCUACCAAAGCUGGAAGAUAUCUUGUUGAAGAUGACAUCUACCAUCAAAUUCAGAGUCAAACAGACGAAACCAAAAUCACACUUCCCCAAGUUACCAAAGAUUUUGGUGAUUAUUUGGCUAAAGCAGAAUGUAGAAAUGAUGUGAUCUUUGAGUUGAAGUUUACUCCACCAAAAACACCAACAACAUCUAUGCCAACAACAACAACCACACCCACCCCAUCAACAACUCUUAGUCCCACUACACUUGUCUAA